AUGUUCUACUCGCAAAACAUCUUGACCAGGAAAGGAAAACUUGGAAUCAUUUGGUUAGCAGCGACUUACAAGGGACCAAAGAACAAGUAUUUGAGUUCAAAAGAUUUCAAGAAAGUCAACAUCAUAAGAGCCUGUGAGUACAUUAUGCAUCCUACCCUGCCUUUCGCACUUCGUCUGUCAUCGACCCUCUUGGUGGGUGUGGUACGAGUGUACCGGGAACAAACAAGAAUUAUUUUAAUCGAAGCAAACGAGAUGGUAAAAGCAGUAAGCUCAGCCAUAGCAGAGAAGAGGCUAAGCAAAGAGUUACAGAUGGCUUCUCCUGAACAAAAGCGUGACACAAUAACCCUUCCACUCUUACUUGAUUACGAUAUGGAGUUUCCUGAAUGUCAGGAACAAAUCCACACUGAUCAUCUAGUCGCCUUUGCUAAGGUUUGUAUUCAUAAGAGCCUUGAUAUACUAUAG